AUGGUGCGCGAGGUGUGCGUUGUUGCUCUGAGCAAACUCAUCCCCGUGUCCCAUAUUACCAUCGACCUAAUGGAGUCGGACUAUCGACGGAUUGCUUGGGAGAUAUUUUGCAGACUGCUGCUCAAGAAAGCAGCCCAACUCACCAGCGACGAGCAAGCUGCAGGCCGCCUUUACUGGGAGCUCUGCAUGGAGCCUUUUCUUCCGCUAAACGAUUCGACUGUUCUAGGACUGAGGUUGCAACGGGACAUGGCUGGGUUACCACAGUUGCGAACCGUGUAUGCCAACACGGACGAGGACGUUCUCGAUCAUAAGAGUGAUGACUGGAAAACACUACUUAUUGUAGAAGCACUACCACCAUCGGUCUCCACACUCAAGUGGCAAUGCCAUAGGCUUGAGUGGUUCGAAGUCAAAGCCUACCAUCAGCCUGUACUUUGUCAGAUUAUCGAAUUCAGCGCGGAACUUUCGCCUAAAGAACGGGGGAACACAAUGGAGGCAGAACGAUCCAUGAUCUAUGACUUGCAACGCGUACAAGUCCUGCAGCUUUCUUCUGUUUUCACGAGCCUUGAUCUCCAUGCUGGCUGCCUGAACGUAUACGGCAUCAACCAAACGACCGAAUUCCUCCCAGCCUUGCUGGAUUUCAAUCUGCCUUCUUCCCUCAAAAUAGUCAAACUGAAAGACUAUGUUCUGACUGCAAGCGGCCUUAAAACUAUCCUCAAGCAUAUGGUCCCUCUCCGGGUUGCUCUUAACCUGGAGAAUCUGGUCACGGUGCAUGAAAUUCGCAAUCUAUGCACCUCUACUGGCGCAGCUGAAGUUGCUCGUGUUGCUGCAGACUUUUGGAAGUGCCUACUCCAAGACCUAUGUCUCGAUUACGCGGAGUACAUUUCGAGCUGA